AUGCCUGACUUCAGUGAGGCUUGUUCUUCUGAAACUGAAUCAGAUGAUGAGAAUGGAGAAUCAGGUGAAGAGUGUACUUCGGAAUCAGAAGUUGAAGAUGAAAAUGAUGCGACCAAUGAGGAUGAAUGGACAAGCAGUGGUGAGGCGAAAGCAGAAACCAGUGAUGAUGAUGAAGUUGAUCUUCAGGCUUCCGCUGAGGCCUUGAAGAAGCUUGUUCCCCACAACCUUGAAGAUUUUGAGAAGAGAGUCUCUGGAGAAUCAGAAAGUGUCACCGAAUCAUCACAAUCAGAGGCCAGUGAACAUUCUGACAAAAGCAAGCAACCUUUCAAGAAAGGGGAUCGAGUGAAAUACAAAGGACAGCUUGUUCUUGGAGCUGAAAAGAGGCCUUUGUCCAGUGGCCAACGAGGAGAGGUGUAUGAGGUGAAUGGGAAUGAAGUUGCAGUUGUCUUGGAUGUUGGUGAGACCAAUGCAGAUGGAGAAAAAGAUGAGAAACUCACAUCACAAGCCACAAGACCUUCAAUAUGUUGGAUUAAUGUUGAGGAUCUUGAGCAUGAUCUAGAUGCUCAGUCUGAAGACUGUUAUGUUGCUAUGCAGGCACUUCAUGAGGUUUUGGAUUCCGUUCAACCGCUUAUUGUCUAUUUCCCAGAUUCAUCUCUGUGGCUGUCAAGAGCUGUUUCCAGGUCGAACCGUAAAGAGUUUGUCCAGAAGGUGCAAGAAAUGUUUGACCAAUUAGCAGGACCUGUUGUCUUAAUUUGUGGUCAAAACAAAGUUGAAACCGGGUCAAAAGAAAAAGAAAAAUUUACAAUGAUACUUCCAAAUUUGGGCCGCCUUGCUAAAUUGCCUCUUUCCUUGAAGAGACUUACAGAGGGACUAAAAGCAACAAAACGGUCUGUGGAUGAUGAAGUAUGUCAGCUAUUUACCAAUGUUAUGUGCAUACAUCCCCCAAAGGAGGAAGAUCUCAUUAGAACAUUCAAUAAACAAGUUGAAGAAGACAGGAGGAUUGUGAUAUCUCGAAGUAACUUAAACGAAUUGCAUAAGGUUCUUGAGGAAAAUGAGCUAUCAUGCAUGGACCUCUUGCAUGUAAACACUGAUGGUGUAAUUUUGACGAAGCGGAAAGCCGAGAAGGUUGUUGGUUGGGCAAAAAACCAUUACUUGUCCUCAUGUCUCCUUCCUUGCAUUAAGGCGGAUCGGUUAUAUGUGCCUCGUGAAAGCCUUGAGAUUGCAAUUUUGAGGUUAAAGGAGCAGGAAACGGUAACAAAGAAGCCUUCACACAAUUUAAAGACCUUGGCUAAAGAUGAGUAUGAGAGCAACUUUGUUUCAGCAGUAGUUCCUCCAGGUGAAAUUGGAGUCAAAUUCGAUGACAUUGGUGCCCUUGAAGGUGUUAAAAAAGCACUUAAUGAACUUGUAAUUCUCCCUAUGCGGAGACCUGAGCUUUUCUCUCACGGGAAUUUGUUGAGGCCUUGCAAAGGCAUACUGCUUUUUGGGCCCCCAGGUACUGGGAAAACCCUCCUAGCUAAGGCUCUUGCAACGGAAGCAGGGGCUAAUUUUAUCAGCAUUACUGGUUCCACACUUACAUCAAAGUGGUUUGGAGAUGCUGAAAAACUUACGAAGGCUCUUUUCUCCUUUGCUAGUAAACUGGCUCCUGUUAUUAUAUUUGUUGAUGAGGUUGACAGCUUGCUUGGUGCUCGUGGAGGUGCUUUUGAGCAUGAAGCUACCAGAAGAAUGCGGAAUGAGUUUAUGGCAGCCUGGGAUGGAUUAAGAUCAAAAGAAAGCCAGAGAAUCCUCAUCCUUGGAGCUACAAAUCGACCAUUUGAUCUUGAUGAUGCGGUUAUUCGCCGCUUACCCAGGAGGAUAUAUGUGGACCUACCUGAUGCUGAAAAUCGUCUCAAGAUACUUAAGAUAAUUCUAGCACAAGAAAACCUGGAAAAAAGUUUCUUACUUGAGCAUCUCGCAAAUGCAACAGAAGGUUAUUCAGGGAGUGAUUUGAAGAACCUCUGUACUGCUGCAGCAUAUAGGCCUGUACAAGAGCUUUUAGAGGAAGAGACAAUGGGAGGCAAAAGUGGCGCUAGCUCAGUGUUAAGACCACUCAAUCUAGAAGACUUUAUCCAGGCCAAGGCAAAGGUGGGCCCUUCAGUUGCAUAUGAUGCAGCUAGCAUGAAUGAAUUGAGGAAGUGGAAUGAACAGUAUGGCGAAGGUGGAAGCAGGAGAAAAUCACCAUUUGGUUUUUGAGAGAAAUUACAAUGGAUGGACAAGUUUGAUGAAUUGAUUUUCGGGGAGAGAAAGCAUAAGUUGCCAGAUAAGAGUUAUUCUGUUCCUUAGCUACCAUCGCUCUCUUUCACUUCCUCAGCUCGUAGCAUAAUAAGAGAGAUUGCAUUUUGACAUAAUAAUGUUCUGUAAUGUAGUACUGAUAGGUAGUGGGUAGUAGAAUAUAAUAGUCUUAAAUCUAUUUCUGUAUAUUUUCAGAAUUUUGUAAAUUUUUUUAUAGGUAAUGUUAACAUAUUCCUUUUUAGCUGACAACGUACUUAAUCAGCAAAUCAUGAAUUGAAUCCUUCUAGAAA